GCGCCCUCCUCGGCGCGCGCCCCGCCCGCCGCCCGCCCGCCCGCCGGCCAGCCCGUCCGUCAGGGAGGCAGGCAGUCGGUCCGAGUGGCCGUCGGCUCUCCACCUCUCCUACGCGGCGCCCUCCUUCCUCCUUCCGGUCAGCGCCGGCGGCUGCACCAGCGGCGGCGGGGUCCCUGCGGGAGGCGCGGCAGGAGUUGCGCGGCGGCCGCGGAGCGUCCAGCCCAGCGCGGCGGAGGCGGCGGCGGCCCGGCAGCCAACAUGGCGGCGGCGGCGGCGGCGGGCGCGGGCCCCGAGAUGGUCCGCGGGCAGGUGUUCGACGUGGGGCCGCGCUACACCAACCUCUCGUACAUCGGCGAGGGCGCCUACGGCAUGGUGUGCUCUGCUUAUGAUAAUGUCAACAAAGUUCGAGUAGCUAUCAAAAAAAUCAGUCCUUUUGAGCACCAGACCUACUGCCAGAGAACCCUGAGGGAGAUAAAAAUCUUGCUGCGCUUCAGACAUGAGAACAUCAUUGGAAUCAAUGAUAUCAUUCGAGCUCCAACCAUCGAGCAAAUGAAAGAUGUAUAUAUAGUACAGGACCUCAUGGAAACAGAUCUUUACAAGCUCUUGAAGACACAACACCUCAGCAACGACCAUAUCUGCUAUUUUCUUUACCAGAUCCUAAGAGGAUUAAAAUACAUCCACUCAGCCAACGUUCUGCACCGUGACCUCAAGCCUUCCAACCUGCUGCUCAACACCACCUGUGAUCUUAAGAUCUGCGACUUUGGCCUGGCCCGUGUUGCAGAUCCAGACCACGAUCACACAGGGUUCCUGACAGAGUAUGUAGCCACACGUUGGUACAGGGCUCCGGAAAUUAUGUUGAAUUCCAAGGGCUAUACCAAGUCCAUCGAUAUUUGGUCUGUAGGCUGCAUUCUGGCAGAAAUGCUCUCCAACAGGCCCAUCUUUCCGGGGAAGCAUUAUCUCGACCAGCUGAACCACAUUCUGGGUAUUCUUGGAUCCCCAUCACAGGAAGACCUGAAUUGUAUCAUAAAUUUAAAAGCUAGAAACUAUUUGCUUUCUCUUCCACACAAAAAUAAGGUGCCAUGGAACAGGCUGUUCCCAAAUGCUGACUCCAAAGCUCUGGACUUACUGGACAAAAUGUUGACGUUCAACCCUCACAAGAGGAUUGAAGUGGAACAGGCUCUGGCCCACCCAUAUCUGGAGCAGUAUUAUGAUCCAAGUGAUGAGCCCAUUGCUGAAGCACCAUUCAAGUUUGACAUGGAAUUGGAUGACUUGCCUAAGGAAAAGCUCAAAGAACUCAUUUUUGAAGAGACUGCUAGAUUCCAACCAGGAUACAGAUCUUAAAUUUGUCAGGACAAGGGCUCAGAGGACUGGACGUGCUCAGACAUCGGUGUUCUUCUUCCCAGUUCUUGACCCCUGGUCCUGUCUCCAGCCCAUCUCGGCUUAUCCACUUUGACUCCUUCGAGCCGUUCGGAGGGGCAAUUUCUGGUAGUUGUGGCUUUAUGCUUUCAAAGAAUUCCUUCAGUCCAGAGAAUUACUCCUGGCAGCCCUGUGUGUGUCACCCAUAGGUGACCUGCGGCAGUAUGUACUUUCAGUGCACCUACUGCAUACCGUUGCUUUAGUCACUAAUCGCUUUCUGGUUUAAAAGAUGCAGUGGUUCCUCCCUCUCCUGAAUCCUUUCCUACAUGACGCCCUGCUGGCCCGUGCAGCCACACUGGAGAGACUCUUUCCAGAUUGUUUUGAGUCACUGGCAUCUCACUAUGUGAUAGGGAAGGCUACUACCUAGGGCACUUUAAGUCAGUGACAGCCCCUUAUUUGCACUUCACCUUUGACCAUAACUCUUUCCCCAGAGCAGAAGCUUGUGGAAAUACCUUGGAUGACGUUGCUACCUGCAGCAAGUGCUUCUGUCUGGGGAGUCCUUCGGGAGCACUUGUCAGCGUCUUUCCUCAUGUCAUACGAUCACUAACAUAUUUAAGGUAUGCACUAUUCGCCCAGCUUUUAGAAAAUCCGAUCGUUUUUCUAAAAGGAAGUACUGCACUCAGUGAUGUCAUAACACUGGCCACAACGUGUCAUGUGCAGUACUUAGUGUUUGCAAUACUUACACAAAAAGAUUUAAAGUGGCAGCUAUACUCAUUUGGUGAAAGAUAUACAGAGGUCACAGCCCCGAGCUGUGGGAAGUUUCUGGGCUUGUCCCAGAGUGGAGCACCACAUGCCUCCAAGCCACUGCACACCUCUGCGGUUCAGUAACCACAUCUGAUGCCUGGGGAUUUAGCAGAGGGGAACACUGCGUCUUUCAGUGAGAAAGUGUACAGUUCUUUUUCCUUCUACAGCAUGUCAGCAUCUCAAGUUCAUUUUUCAACCUACGAUAUAACAAUUUGUAAUAAAGCCUUCACGAGCUCACAACAUGAAGCACUGUUCUAAGUACUCUCAAAUGUUUCUGAUACUGCUGAGUCAGAAAAGCUAGCACUAAGUCACGAUGGAGCUCUCUCCGUAUUUUCUCAUCUCUGAGUGUCUGUUCUGCCGCUGUGCGCUGUGGAGUUGACCCAGCGUUCUGUCCCAGUGCGGUGCCUCCUCUCGACUCCCCCACUGCUCUCUGUGCUGAGAAUUUUGCCUUGUUCAGUAAUUACUGUACCCUCGCAUGACUGUUACAGCUUUCUGUGCAGAGAUGACUGUCCAAGUGCCACACACCUAUGAUUGAAAUGAAAAAUCUGUUGUUACCUCUGAGUUGUAUUCCAUGAAAAAUGCUAUCCAGCAGCUCAUUUAGGAAAAAUUCUAUUUUUAGCUUUUCAUUUCUCAGCUGUCCUUUUCUUGUUUGACUUUUGACAGCAGUGGAGAAUGGGUUAUAUAAAGACUGCCUGCUAAUAUGAACAGAAAUGCAUUUGUAAUUCAUGAAAAUAAAUGUACCUCUUCUAUCUUCACAUUCAUGUUAAGAUUUUAGUGUCGAUUUCCUCUGGAUUGGCGUGUCUGAACGGACAGUCAGGUUCAGUUUGUGCUUAACACAGACAUGCUCGUGGGCCUCACUUUGCCGCUCUCAGCUCUGCCCCAGCACUUUGGUUUUACAUAAGAUGAUUUAGAAACGUGUUUCCGUAGGGUCCUUUUCUCCUCUGCACAGGCAGAGAAUAAAUUCUGUCAUGUUCCUUUAUAUUCAAAUCAUGGUUCUUAAAUAUUCUGUCAAACCCUGAUAAAGAAGUCCAAACGUCCCAGGCUGGAUUCUCUGGUUCUCUAUAGAGGGUAUGCCCAUGUGCCUCAGAGCUGCUACUGGGCAGGGCCACCCCGCAGCGCCUGGCCCACGCCACCUGCACAGGGUACUGGUGCUCACACCACAUGGGGCUGAAGAAGGAUGGCUGAUUCAUCCUCAGCCAUGAGAACUACAUCUCAGUUCUUGCCCUAAAAUACAUUGUUUCUCUUCUGCGCUCAAAGAGCUGCUGUGUAAAGGCCCACACAGCGUGGACAGGAGACAGAUGUGACUGUUAUGUGAUACAUUGAUAAGUCAGUUCUCUUUUUUUUUUCUUUUUUUUUUAAAUCCUUUCCCACAGGAGAGGGAGCAGUUCUAAUUUUUAAAAGAACAUUGACAGUUUUAUUACUUUUGUUUUUUUGUACUUUUAAAUGGAAUGGUAGUAUUAUUAUGAGGCUAAUUUACAGUCUUCUUCUAAUUAGAAAAACACAGCUUUGGCUACUAAUAGCUGGGGACUGUGAGCUCUUUCCUAUCCCCCUUGCUGGUACUGUGGAGUCAGGUUGGCAUGAAACCACUAACUGCAUUCUAGAAUUACUGUAGCCAUAGUUGUGUGCUUUUUGUUGAUCAUGCCAAACAUAUUUUAACAGCUCAGAGAAUUGUCAUAACCAAGAAACCUAUGAGAAGUACUAGUUGUUAUGUGUGAUGGACUCAUCAUUUUGGCUCUCCUUACAUUUGUAAAAAUGUACAGAUUAGGUCAUCUAAAUUUAUCCUGUUGAUACCUCCAUUAUCAGUGUGCUCAAAUAAGCUUUCAGACUAAUGGAUUUUUUGGUGUCUUAAAAAUAUAAGCAAAAAAUUCCUGUUAAACAUUCCAGUCCAUUCAUUCAGUAUGAAACAAAUACCUAAUAAGCCAGUGGGAUCGGUUUGCGAGAACACAGCAUGAGGACUCUCUUCUGACACAAGUCUUCAAAGCUGGCAGAGACAUGCAGACUGUUGUGGCAUCUCAGUGGCAGAAUUCCAUUCUUCUGUAUAUGCAGUACACAGGACAAAGUGUGUUCACACUCAUUCACCCUCGUUCCUUCUGCUUUCAGGCACAGGCAGUGGGUGUAGAAGUAGCUGGUAGCUUUGAGAAGCUACUUGUGGCUUGCCAGUGGUUGUCUCUAAGGAAUCGGAGGUCCACUGCCCACGCCGCUUGCCACGUCAUAUGCACACCAUUCAGAGGAGACUGUUUGUCUUCAUUUGCUUAUGCAUUAAUAUGGUUUUUAAAUUGGUAACUUUUAUAUAGUAUGGUAACGGUAUAUUAGUACACGCAUACAUAUGCACACAUGCUUUGGGUCCUUCCAUAAUACUUUUAUAUUUGUAAAUCAAUGUUUUGGAGCAAUCCCAAGUUUAAGGGAAAUAUUUUUGUAAAUGUAGUGGUUUUGAAAAUCUGAGCAAUCCUUUUGCUUAUGUGUUUUUAAAGCAUUUGUGCUUUAAAAUUGUGAUGCCAGUGUUUGAAACAUGAUACUCCUGUAGUGCAGAUGAGAAGCUGUAACAGUAAAUACGUGGUUUCUCUUAUUGUCACCCACCUCGACACAAUGGACAGGAAACGCAUGGGAAUCCAUAGCGAAUCUGCUAGGGCUGCACCAGGUUUUCCUGAUGCUUGUUGCCCUUUUUUGCGCUGUUUAUCCGUGUAGAGCACUCAAGAAAGUUCUGAAACCGCUUUGUAUCUGCUUUGUACUGUUGGUGCCUUCUUGGUAUUGUACCCCAAAAUUCUGCAUAGAUUAUUUAGUAUAAUGGUUAGUUUUAAAAAAAUGUUAAAGGAAGAUUUUAUUAAGAAUCCGAAUGUUUAUUCAUUAUAUUGUUACAAUUUAACAUUCGUUUGUGGUAUUUGUGAUUUGGUUAAUCUGUAUAAAAAUUGUAAGUAGAAAGGUUUAUAUUUCAUCUUAAUUCUUUUGAUGUUGUAAGCGUACUUUUUAAAAGAUGGAUUAUUUGAAUGUUUAUGGCACCUGACUUGUAAGAAAAAAACCUACAAGAAAAACCUUAGAAUCAUUAAAUUGUGUCCCUGUAUUACCAAACUAGCAUA